CUAAAAAAGAAAGGAAGAAGUCUGUAGGAGAAGACAUCAAUGUCUGAUUGAUUCAAGAAUUUUAGCAGCAUUUCUUUCUUUGCCCACCAUCCAGCUCAAAAAGCCAUUCAAUCAGCUUCCAUCUCAUCUCCCUAACAGGCCAUGACCGAGGUCCUUCAUUUCCCUUCAUCUCAAAGCACUAACACUUCUUCUCCUCCUUCUGAACCUGCCUUGUCCUGUGCACCCCAGACGUCCUUAACUUGCGCACAAGGUGACAGAGAUGACUUUGUAAAUGUAACAAGCUGUGACCCAGAAGAAGAAGAAGGGGAAGAAGUGAAGGAAAGAGAGAAACAGGACAGAGAUCAGUUGUCUUUGUUGGCUUUGCUUGUGACCCUUUUCAGGAAAUCUUUGGCUUCUUGUAAGACUACUGAUAGAAGAGAGCUUUGUGCUAUGGAGAUCGGUUGGCCAACCAAUGUCAGACACGUGGCACACGUUACCUUUGAUAGGUACAAUGGCUUCUUGGGUUUGCCUGUUGAGUUUGAGCCUGAAGUUCCCCGGAGAGCUCCUAGUGCAAGUACAACUGUCUUUGGAGUUUCCACAGAAUCCAUGCAGUUGUCCUACGACUCCAGAGGGAACAGUGUGCCAUCAAUACUCUUGCUGAUGCAAAGACGUUUGUAUGCUCAAGGAGGCUUGCAGGCAGAAGGGAUUUUUAGAAUUAAUGCCGAAAACAGUCAGGAGGAGUAUGUUAGAGAACAAUUGAAUGGUGGAGUGGUUCCCGAAGGGAUUGACGUACACUGUUUGGCAGGACUAAUCAAGGCUUGGUUCAGAGAACUUCCAAAUGGAGUUUUGGAUUCUUUAUCUCCUGAGCAAGUAAUGCAAUGCCAGACAGAAGAGCAGUGUGCUGAGCUUGCAAGGCUUCUACCCCCAACAGAAUCUGCUCUAUUAGAUUGGGCCAUCAAUCUCAUGGCUGAUGUUGUCCAGCAAGAACACAUAAACAAGAUGAAUGCACGCAAUAUUGCUAUGGUCUUUGCACCAAACAUGACUCAGAUGGCAGAUCCUUUGACUGCACUGAUGUAUGCGGUCCAAGUGAUGAACUUCCUCAAGACACUUAUAUUAAGGACAUUGCGAGAAAGGGAGGAUUCAGUGGUAGAACCUACUCUUGCAUCCCGUCUGGAGCCUUUUGAUGAGAAUGGAGACCAGAGCCCUUCACUCUCCUGCAUUCAAGAUACUGAAAAAGAUGAUGAAGAGAGAGAGCUGGCCUUUAUUGCUGAAGAACCUUUAAGAGAAAGUUUUAGGAAUUAUAAUCCAAACAAUGAGAUAAUGGAUGGAAAAGAUCACAGUCCGAUACCCUCUGUCCACAAGCUAAUAGCUGAUGCAGAUCAUUCUGAUGAGACUCCAGCUCCGGUUGAAACCUUCAUCAGUGACACAGAUGCCAUUGUAGCCAACUAUCUGAAGCCUGGCACUCUAGAAAAUGAUGCAAAGAGUAAUAUUGGUCAAUCAAGUAAUUCAAGUCUCAAGAAGGGGCCUAAUAAAAUUAGUGGACAGCAAUCCAUUCUUCAGAUAACAAACCCCGCUGAGAAGACUAAAGGAAUAAGCAAUUUGAGCCGUAUAGAUUCAAGGAUAGAACGUAUUGAAGCAUGGCGGUGAAGGAUACUCAACAGCAGUUGGGCUGCCCUAACUGAUACUUUGACAAGAUUGCCGUGCAUGUUUGUUCAUUUUAAGAAGUUGUGAAGGAAAAUUUGUGAAUUGUUCAUGUAUCUUUUGGUGUGAUGAUUGGUUUGCUUCACCUUGUGUAAUAUCGUGGAAGAUGGUUCUAUACUUCACAGCAUGACCCUAACAUUUGCACUUUCAUAAAAUGUGCUAUCUACUUUAACAUUGGAAUCCUAUCGAUGUGGUUUCUCCC